CUGCCUGGCCGCAGCAGCACCGUCCGAGGCGGCUGCUCGCGUGCUGUUUGCUGCAGUGGAAUUUUUAUUUUUUUCUGAUUCCGACCCCGUCCGCAUGCUGAAAUGCAUUUACUAAUAUAGACUCUGGUCAUAAUGCACCGUGGAUUUCGCUGGUUGAUCUAAGGACGUGCUACCGUAAUGCUUUUGCAGAUAGUAGGUCCAGCGUUAUGCACACCCGGAGAAGUGAUCUCGCAAGGUCUCUGAUGAGGCCUACAUGUUAAAGCUCUACCCCCUCCUCCCCUCAAGACUAUCACCGUGAUGGCUGAUGAUCAACAACAACCUGGUCAGCAGCAGAAUCCUAACACGGGAUUGGGCUCUCUUCCAACGAUAGUACCAGGACUACAGGGGCCCGAAGCCAGUGCUCUGCAGUAUAACAAGAUAAAGAAUUCUAUUUGCAAAUCUGUACAAUCAAAAGUUGACAACAUAUUGCAAGAUGUUGAGAAGUUUACAGACAUUGAGAAACUCUACCUCUACCUUAAGUUGCCUUCCGGCCCCAGCAGUGGCACGGAGAAAAGGAGUGACACUCAGAGGGGGUCUGGCAGUCCGGCAGCAUGUGACCAGAACUCCAUGUCAUCGAGUCGCACGCAGCAGAUGUACGCCUUCAACUGGAUCAGGAACCACCUGGAGGAACACCCCGAGACGUCGCUGCCCAAACAGGAGGUCUACGAUGAGUACAAGAGCUAUUGUGACAAUCUGGGCUACCACCCCUUGAGUGCGGCAGAUUUUGGGAAGAUCAUGAAGAACGUUUUUCCCAACAUGAAGGCACGUCGACUCGGCAUGCGGGGGAAAUCCAAAUACUGCUACAGUGGCCUGAGGAAGAAGGCGUUUGUGCACAUGCCGUCCCUGCCCAACCUGGACCUGCACAAGUCUGGAGACGGGUGUGAGUUGCUGGAGCCUGCCGGCCAGUCUCCGAGCGCGGAGGAGGAGAUGCGUACGGCGGCGUGCGGCCUGGUGUGUGAGUGGGCCCAGAAGGUUCUGAGUCGCCAGUUCGACAACGUGGAGGAGCUGGCCCGCUUCCUGCUCAACAGCCACUACAUUGGAACCAAGUCCAUGGCUGCACUCACUGUCAUGACUGGGACCCCGACAGGCGUGAAGACGCCCACCCCGGCCUCGGCGUUCGUGCCCACGGGCGAUGCCAACCCGUUUCAGCCGCAGGUGAAGACGCUGCCGUCACCGUCGCCCUCGGUGGACGCCAAGCAGCAGCUGCAGCGCAAGAUCCAGAAGAAACAGCAGGAACAGCGGCUGCAGUCGCCUGCGCCCGGUGACGGCCAGGUCAGGAGAGCCGAAACGGGCACACCCGGGCCCGGCGCUAGCGCCAGCCUCACCCCUAGCAGCCCCGCGCUGCUCUCUCCGCAACCCACCAUAGGCAUCGUCGUGGCAGCUGUGCCCAGCCCCAUUACAGUCCAGAGGAAUCGUCAGCCGAUGACAUCACCCAGUCCGGUGGGCACAGCCGAAGGCAAGAUGAUGCCGGUCAAUUUCCAGGUGGUGACGCAGCAGGUGAAGCAGUGCCCCAAGACGCCACAGAACGUUCCGGUGAGCCCUCUGGGCGACCGGCAGGCUCGCCACCGCUACGCCCAGAUCCUGCCCAAGCCUUCGGCGACCAGCGCCAUCACGCUGCGCUCGCCACCCACGCUGCUCAUCACCAACAGCCCCAUCAAGACGGUCAUGCCUUCGCCGCACGUCAGCUCCCUCAACGUGGUCAAGAUGACCACCAUCUCCCUGGCCCCCAACACCAGCGGUGCCGCCACGCCCACGCCCCUGAGACCCGCCUCCGCCGGGGUGACCAGCAGCAGUGCCGCCAUGCAGGACGAGCAGAGCGCUGCCCAGGCGGCUCAGAACGGCCCGAUGGCCUCCCAGGCACUCCAGGGGGCAGUGGCGAGGGGAGGCGCGUCCGGCUCGUCCUCCGGGGAGGCGCGGGUCAGCGGGGCAGACGGCGGCGGCGAGGAGAAGACGAGUGUGACGGCGCCGGACGCCACGGCGGGCCUGAAGAGCGAGAGAGCCACCAAGCACCGCGCCGCCAGCGAGCCCUCGGGGUCCGAACGCGUCACAAGGGCCAAGAGCGACUCCGCCGCCACCCCCCCCAUCUCCUCUGUCGCCAGCGGACACAGCAGCAUCAGGGAGGGGUCAGAGGGCACGCUCUACCUGUCUGUGGCCAAUCAGUGCUCCGGCGUGGUUACCUCCUCCUCUGUCUCGGCCCCUAUCUCCGUCCCCGCCAGGAGCCCACGCAAGCGGUCGUCGUCUGUCCUGGAGACGCACGUCAUCCCGGUCAAGCGCGUCUUCAUCUCCCAGCAGCCCUUGGAUGUCUCGGACAAUUCCAGAGGCGGUGCGGGGAAGAAGGCACAGAGGCCAGGCACGCCGGCGCGGCCCGAGAGCGCCCCCUGCAGGGUCACGCUGAAGAACAGCACCAACUCCGCCAGCGCCACCAUGCCCAUGCAGAUCCUCGCUCUCUCCGACACGCCCACACCCGCCCCCGUCAGCCAAUCACAGGACGCCCCUGUCACAGACUCCGUCCAGUCCACCGGCGCUGUGUCCGAGCCACCCCUCCUGGCCAGCGCCGCGGCAACACAACCCCCGACCCAAGGGCCAUCGCUGGAGCCGGACGCCAAGCGCAGCCUGUGGGAUGGUCCGGCAGGGCUGGGGGUGGAGCAGAAGCUGCUGACCUCUCAGCUCCCCCUAUUGGCCCAGACAGGGCAUGCGGCCGAGACGGACAGUCAGCUGGGCCUGGUGGACUUCGGCGGGGGCUCUGCGGGCGGCAUGGACUACUUCCCGUUUGCGGAUGACGACAUGACGCAGGACAGCAUCGUGGAGGAGCUGGUGCAGAUGGAGGAGCAGAUGAAGCUGAGCAGCGGCCUGCAGGGGGCGUCCUACCUGAGCUGUGUGGAGCUCGGUCUGCAGGGGGUGACCUCUGCCGGCGCGCACCAGACCUCCUCCUCCGCCUUCUACCACUCCGCCCACAGCAGCACCACCCCUGCACACACCCCCACGCCCACCCCAACCCCAACACCUACGCCCACACCCACCCCCACCUCCGAGAUGCUCCCGGGCACCCACAGCCUGACACGGGAAAGCCCCUGCUCGCGCCUGGCCCCUAUCACGCCAGUGGACGGUCUGAUGGGCGGGGGUCGCCACACCCCCAUCAGCACACCGCUGUCCACCUGCAGCAGCGUCCCGCCCAGCCCAGUGGAGUGCCGGAACCCCUUCGCCUUCACGCCCAUCAACUCUAGCAUGACGGCGUACCACGACGGUAGUGUGGUGUCCAGCAGCCCGGUCAAGCCCAUGCAGCGGCCCAUGGCGACACAUCCUGACAAGGCCAAGCUGGACUGGAUCACCAGUCGCUACGGCAACACCACGGCUGGCGCCACCUCCCCCUCCACCUCCAUCCUGCCCAGCUACCAGGACCUGGUGGACGACCACUUCCGCAAGCCGCACGCCUUUGCCAUCUCCGGGCAGGCCUUCCAGGCGCAGACACGCCAGCCGGUGGCAGUGACCGUGUCACCAAUCCCCCAACCGCAAGGCACUGCCGCCGGUCAGGCCAAGCAGGAGAGCUUUGCUGUGCCCGCCCCGCUGGACGGCAAGCCCGGGGGAAGUGCCGGGGGUAGCGCUACGUUCCGCUGCCGCAGCGUGAGCCCCGCGGUACGCCAGCGGAACCUCAGUGGGAACCCCGGCGCUCCCCCUAGGACCUUGGCGUCGCCCUUCAACUCACCGCUGACCUCCGAGGUGCUCAGCAUCCUGUCUGGCAGCCAAUCUCUGGUGAGCGCCAGCAGCAUGGCGCAGCGCAGCCAGUCGGUGCCGCUCAACGUCAUGAUGGCGUCAGAGAUGCUGCCCAUUUGUGUGGCUGGCCAGUCGGGCAGCGCCACCAAGAUCACCAACGUGCUCCUGAGCAAGAUGGAGGUGGACGUGGACGACGCGGUCCGAGGCCUCGGCGUCAACAACCUGCCGUCAAACUACACGGCUCGCCUCAACCUCACGCAGAUGCUGGAGACCAGCACCGCCUUCUCCGCCGGUGCUGCCCCCAUCACCACGGCAACACAGCCCAGCCCUGUGGCCUACGAUUUCCAGAAGCCCGUGUACCUCAUUAGCGGCCGCACUGAGCAGACCGCCUUCUCUGCCGCCACAGCUGCUGCAGACGGCCAAGCACAAGCAGGCUCCUCCGAGCCGAUGCAGGAGCAACAACAGCUGCAGCUACAAGAACAGACCUUACUGCAGGACCAACAGCUGCAGCUACAAGGUCAGACCUUACUGCAGGAACAGCUACAAGAUCAGACCUUACUGCAGGAACAGCAGUUACAGCUACAAGAACAGACCUUACUACAGGAACAGCUACAAGAUCAGACCUUACUGCAGGAACAGCUACAAGAUCAGACUUUACUGCAUGAACAGCUACAAGAUCAGACCUUACUGCAGGAACAGCUACAAGAUCAGACCUUACUGCAGGAACAACAGCUGCAGAUACAAGAACAACAGCUGCAGCUACAGGAACAGAGCUUACUGCAGGACCAGUCAUUGCUGCAGGAGUCGGCUUUGCAGCUGCAGGAGCAAACUUUACUGCAGGAGUCGGCUUUGCAGCUGCAGGAGCAGUCGUUGCUGCAGGAGUCGGCCUUGCAGCUGCAGGAGCAGUCGUUGCUGCAGGAGUCGGCCUUGCAGCUGCAGGGGGAGGGCGUGCUCCUGGGGGAAGAGGAGGUGAGGCAGCAACCCAUGCUACAAGAGGAGGCGCAGCGGGAGGCGCAGGAGGACGAGCAGCUGGACUUUAGCAGCACAGUGAAGGACCUGCUGGGGGAGGAUGGCCUCCACCCAAGCUCACAGCUGGUGGGCCAGGUUGCGUCGGAACUCAACGCCGUCGCGUCUGACUUCUCGGGAGACCUGCGGCUGCCCUCUGACCUGUCCAGCAGCAUCAGCGACCUGAACACGCUGGACGCCAACCUGCUGUUCGACCCGGGCCAGCAGCAGGACUCGUAUGAGGAGGCCACGUUGGAGGAGCUGAAGAAUGACCCGCUCUUCCAGCAGAUCUGCAGCGACUCGGUCAGCUCGGCCGGCUUCGAUUGGCUCGAGAACAAGGACCAGCCCACCGUGGAGAUGCUCGGCUAAACGCCGGCGGUUUUUUUUACUUUAAGUGUUAUUUAUAAGUUCUGUUUGUUUGUUUGUUAGCGUCUGUGAAGUAUCUGUUUUUGUAUUUUUAAACGUGUCUCACUACAGCAAAAAUCUGGACUCCUGCUUGUGUCCAGUGCAAAGUGCCAGUGGGGCCUGAGAAGGCCUCUGUCACAGGCUAGUUUCCGUCUGUGGCAUUGGCUUGAAUCUGUCCCGUCUGUCAGUAUGUCCCCAUCUCCCUCUCUCUCUCUCUCUCUCUCUCUCUCUCUUUCUCUGUCUCUGUUUCUCCAUCUCUCUUUAUCACUGAACACCAACUGUUCUAAACUGUUCAGAACAGAUGACAUAUGUGAUCUUUUUUAGAUGUAACUUUUAGGUGAAGGCCACUGCUCAGAAUCCUUUCGAUAAGCGCAGUCUGCACUUGGCCCCUGUGAGCUGCAGCACCCCCUUGCUGCCAGCCUCAGGGGGGACUUCCAGAGCUCACUGUGGACUGGAAGAUGCAAUACACUCGUCCUUCUCAAGCUAUAGAUUAUUGGCUGAACUACUGUCUAUUAUAAAGAAAGACGUCACUGACAAAAAAAAUGCCUUUAGAACCCUUAAAAAUAAGAGCAAGUGCACAAGGGUGUGCUGCCUUUGUAGGGAGGUGUGGAGACCGCAGGUGAGGUCCGCUUCUGGGCCACAGGCGUGACCUGGAACUCAACAGGUGCUACUAGGUGCUGAUAUGAUGAUAUGUCAUCACCUUAAUAGGUCACAGUCCCAUGAACAUUGACAAUAAAUAGAUACCUUUUGGAAUGGCCAUAAUAAUAACAGUUAGACUGUUGACUAUAAAUAAUGAAGAAAAAUGUUUUUUUUUGUUUUGUUUUUUGCUUUCAGUUCUGUUUAGUGAAAUAAUGUGAAACUCUUCUCUAAGUAAGUGGUGCUGGUUGGGUUGCCUUACCUGAAGUCUGAGGCCAUGUUUGCCACUGGUGAGCCGUCCAAGGCCCUGCAGGCCACUGGUGAGCUGUCCGGGCAGAAGCCCGCUGACCCUCCUGCUGUUUUUAAAGAGACAUGUUGGUCUGGUGUGUCCAUUUAAAGGGAUGUGUUGGUCUGGUGUGUCCAUUUAAAGGGACGUGUUAGUCUGGUGUGUCAACUUAAACGGACCUGUGGGUCUGGUGUGUCCAUUUAAAGGGACGUGUUGGUCUGGUGUGUCCAUUUAAAGGGAUGUGUUGGUUUGGUGUGUCCAUUUAAAGGGACCUUUGUGACUCGUGUGUCCAUUUAAAGGGACGUGUUGGUCUGGUGUGUCCAUUUAAAGGUAUGUGCUGGUCUAGUGUGUCCAUUUAAAGGGACCUGUUGGUCGUGUGUCCAUUUAAUGGGACGUGUUGGUCUGGUGUGUCCAUUUAAAGGGAUGUGUUGGUCUGGUGUGUCCAUUUAAAGGGACCUGUGGGUCUGGUGUGUCCAUUCCAGUUCCAUGUUGAGAUCCACUGUCAGUGUGCAUGCCCCCGAACAGGUCCUCCUGGUCUAGCUGUGUUGACCUGUGAACUAUUAGAAGCCUAUUCUACUGAGACAUCUUGUCUGACGCAGCUUUGGGAUCUGAACUGUGAUGUGAAAUGUCAGAUGCUAUGUUGAUGGACUCUGGCCUUUAUGAUUUGAGAGCGAAAAUGUCAGCUGUAUGAUGAGGGAUUCGGAUCUUUUUAAAGUGUGAUCUGAAAUAUCAGAGAUGCGGAGAUGAAUUCUGAACCGUCUGAAAUUAGAUCUGAAAUAUCAGAGAUGAAUUCUGAAUCGUCUGCAGUAAGACCUGAAUUAUGAGUUGUGAAUUCUGAAUCGUCUUGAAAUAUCGGUUGUGAAUUCUGAAUCCUCUGAAGAUCUGAAAUAUCAGUGAUGAAUUCUGAAUCGUCUGAAGUAAUAGCUGAAUUAUCAGUUGUGAAUUCUGAAUCGUCUGAAGUAAGAGAUGAAAUAUCAGAGAUGAAUUCUGAAUCAUCUGCAGUAACAGCUGAAUUAUCAAUUGUGAAUUCUGAAUUGUCUGAAGAGCUGAAUUAUCAGCUGUUAAUUUUGAAUCGUCUGAAGUAAGAGCUGAAAUAUCAAUGGUAUGGUGAUGACGGCAUCAUUGGUUGUCUGGUUAGAGGCUACUGGGUUGGUGUUGGGUUGGUGUUGGGUCCAGACAGGUCCGGGGCAGUUCCAGGUGAUGUGUUCAGAGCGGCAGCCUUACAUCAAACCAAAGACCAGCUGCGGCAGAACCGGCUGAGAGGUCUGAGUUCACCGGAGCAAACCGGUCCAGAAUGGACUAACUCUGGGGGUGAGACGGGCGAUCAAGAAAGCAGACAUGAGCAGAUCGACUUCUCCGCUGAGAUAAGAGCGAUGAUCAGACAGCAGAUAUGUCUUCUCCACUGAGGGGCAGGAUGAAGCCACUGGUGUGUCUGUACAGAGUGAAAAUGCCGACUCAGCAGUCCUACAGUAUAAAGGGUAAAUGCUGACUCAGCAGUCCUAAAGUGUAAAGGGUAAAUGCUGACUCAGCAGUCCUACAGCAGUCAGCUAUGGGCUGAGAGCAUGUUGGGGGGUGGGGGGCUUAUAAUGUGGAGUUAUAGGGGUUGCACUUGUUAAGACUUUUAGCUUGUGUAGUCAUGAAGCUGGAUAUCAAGUUCCCAUGUGUACAAAGAGCAUUGUCAUAAAAUCCAUAAUUUAAAGACACUGUAUUCCAGUAAUGAUUUCUAGAUAGGUCUGAUUGCCCUUAAAAUAUAUACAUAUAUAACUAUAUAUAUAUAUAUGGAAAAAAAAAAUGACUUGAUGGUAUUGGGUGUGUGGGCAGCCAAUAUGCUGUAUGUAAUCUUCCUGGCUUCUGUGUCGUGCAGUAUUGCUGUCUGUCUGGUCUCUAGCUUGCUGAUGUCUUUUGCUUUUUCUGAGAGUGUUCUGGUCUCUGCAGCAGCAGACGUGACGUGUUUCCAGAGAGAGGAGCAGUAGCAUGGAUUAUUAAGAAAAAAAAAGCAAACUGGUGUGUUUGUGUGUGUGUGUGUGUGUGUGUGUGUGUGUGUGUGUGUGUGUGUGUGUGUGUGUGUGUGUGUGUGUGUGUGUGUGUGUGUGUGUAAUGUAGCUUAGUUCUGACAUGCGAGGACCUUUCACUGCACACCCUGGAGAUGUCUAUGGGUCCUGUGUCCGCCAGCUCUCUGAGGCUCGACUUAUUGCACUAAAUUUUUUUAUAAGUCAUGGCUUUGCCACAUCUUUAAGGACAAAUCUGUCGACUAAAGCCUGCAAAAAUAUUUUUUAUGAGGAAUUUCCGAAGCGAUAACCAUGAGAAAUGUGCUCGAAAACGACAAUGCCCAAUUGUCUGGUGCGUCCACACACCUAAUCUCAGUGAGAUGCAGCUUACUCGUUCUCAUCCACGAGAAUAUGAACCAUUUCAGCGAGACAACGAGCCUGAGGUGGACAGCCGAUCGAGGACCUGCUUCACCGUGUUAGGAAACGAUUGUAUGUGCGCAUGUGCAUUGAAAAUAUCGACUCGCAUUAAUCUGGGCCUGCCUCCUUGGCUGAGAGGAGGACUGGACCUCUCGAACACACAAAACGAAAGGUGUUGCUACUUUGAGUAAAACUUACUUGCAUCAUAUGUUUACCAAGUUAAUGUUGUUCUCUGUGUUUAGUUUCUGAAUGUUAUCUUUGUUUUUACAUUCAUUUUGAUAGUGAAUGCCUUCGUGAAGAAAGCUGUACAUAUUUUAUAUUUUUGUUUUGGGGGGCAUUUUAAUAAGGCUCUGGCCUCCCCUCCGUAUGUAAAAUGUGAGUAUAUAUAUAUGAAGGAGAAGGCCACAGUCUCCUGGGUCCUAGUACUCUACCUGCUCAGUCUCAGGUGGGCUCGUAGGUCUCUCUCUCUCUCUCUCUCCCUCUCUCUCUCUCUCUCUCUCUCUGUGUCCAUGUUUUUCUAGCGCCCCCUGGUGUCGGUCUCAGACGGGCCGGAGGCCUCUCUUUUCUGCUGUCCUGCUCGGGUCGGGUUCUGUCCUGCCCGGGUCUGGUUCUGUCUGGCCCAUGGGUUUCUCCCCUGUGUCCGUGUGUGUGUGGCGGGUCGGCGGCCUGUGCCGUGCUUGUGUCCGGUGUGCAGCUUCACGUGCAGUAGCUUGUUCAUAUUGCAGACGCCGCUCAGCUGCUUUCCUUUUUUUUUCAAUUGAAAGUACUCCCAGGUGAGAUUUUUUUAAGUGGUUUUGAAAGCCAAUAAACAUUUUUGUAAAGAA